UAUAAAGCCUGGCACCUUGUUUGGCACCAACAGGCUCCUGUAUGAGCAGUGGGUUGGGUACAAACACAAUGAACGUAGUGAUAGACGCAGCACACUUGCUGUGGGAUGUCUGCCGCCAUAUUCUGCUGUCUGGGGUAAAAUGGGUGGUGAAGCCAGAAGAGAAGUCCAUUAUGGAUGAUAUCUGCUUGAUAACAGGUUCCGGGGGUGGCAUUGGAAAACACUUUGCUUUAGAAUUCGCCAAGAAAGGUGCCAUCUUGGUACUUUGGGACUCAGACCCAGAAUGCAAUGAGGAGACUGCCAAAGAAGUCAGAAGACUGGGGGCCAGAGCCUUCACUUAUACUUGUGACACCGGUGACCGGCAACAGGUUUACCAAGUGGCAGAGAGGGUUAGACGGGAGGUGGGCGAUGUGACCAUCUUAUUGAACCAUCCCAGCACUGGCACAGGGAAAUCUCUCUUGCACUGCCAGGAUGAAGAGCUGGAGAAUGCGCUCAGAACCAACUGCCUUGCCAACUUUUGGACAGUCAAGGCUUUUCUCCCCAGAAUGAAUCAAAUGAACCACGGGCAUGUAAUUAAUGUUGCCAGCUAUCUGGGGCUGUUUGCUACGGCCAACAUGGAGGAUUACUGCACUGCUCACUUUGCUACAGUCGGGUUCCAUGAGGCUCUAAGUCAUGAACUGAAGGCCAGAAGAAUCAGUGGAGUCAAGACCACCCUACUGUGUCCCUAUCUGGCAGACAUAGAAAUGUAUAGCAGCUUCAAAAUAAGGAAGGACCUUGCCACGUUGUUUACACCACUGACAUCAGAGUAUUUUGCAAGAAGAGCAAUUAAUGGCAUUCUCACCGACCAGCCCAUGAUAUGUAUGCCCAAGCUGCUGUACCUCGCUGCAUUUCUUAAGCAGGUCCUUCCCUGGGAAGUGCAGGAGCUGUGUCACAGUCUCAUCAGGAACAGAGAGAAGCCAGCAGGCACGCAGAGCCAUUACUCCAAUCAGGGAUAAUGAGAGGGGCAAUCGAGUUCAGCAAAGGAACCUUCCAUUCUCUGCAUCUCUUCAACAGCCCAUCAGUAGGCCCUCUGCUACCAAUAUGGGACUCCGCUUGGACUUGAAGUAACUAAUGUGACAUUUACACUCUAAUGAAGAGAAGCUGGCACUCAUUGGUAGGUAGGCGGAUCUGUUGGAAAGCUCCUCUGGUGCCCAAUUAGAUUGAAGUGGGAAGUAGGGUGUAAAUUUACUACUGUUACUAUACAUUGCAUUGCUCUGCCCAAUGCCCACUGAGUACUACUGCUUUCCUCCUAGCACACACACAAUAAAUGGCUUAUUAGAA